CCACCACUUAAACACAAAACCUUAACCACAAGGUAUAUUGCAGGGUAGAGAUCUGCUGAUUAAAGGUCUUCGUUGGCAAGUAGGAUCAGGAUCUAGGAUAAACACCUUACUAGACCCCUGGCUACCAUCAGACCCUCCAUCUAGACCUGUGUUGUUAAUGGGCGCCUCUUUAGAUCACCCAAUGGUCUCAUUCCUUCUGGACUCUAAUGCUAUGGAGUGGAACCUUGACUUGCUUAAAACCUUAUUUCCCCCUGCCACGAUUGAUAAAAUCUUAUCCAUCCCUCUCCCAUCUUCCGCUCAAGAAGAUAAAUUGAUUUGGCACUAUGACAAGUCUGGUCAUUAUACAGUUAAAUCGGGGUACCACCUUCUUUCGGAUAGUUUAACUUCAUCCAGGGUCUCCCUGCCAGAAUUUUUGAACAUCAAGUUCUGGAAAUUCCUGUGGAAUAUUCCAAUUCCUUCUAAACUCAAAUUCUUUCUUUGGAGAUUGGUGCGUGGAUUUUUACCAGUUAAAGGAACCCUCCUCUACAAGAAAAUUAUUUCAUUAAGUACAUGUCCUGUUUGCUGCGAAGUAAAUGAGGACUUCAAGCACUGGUUUUUCGACUGUAGAAUCACUAGAGAACUGUGGACAUUAUCUGACCUUGACCAUAUAAGAGAUAUGAUGCGGGCAAUCCCCAUGGAUCUUGCGUGGAGAAACCUCUUCUUCACGCCCCAUAUUUCCAAGAACGAUGUAGCUUUCAUUGUCUUCUUAUUUUGGAGAAUAUGGAAAGGUCGAUGCAAGGCUACUUAUGGACAUGUUUUAUACAAGUCACAUUUUCUAUACAGGCAACUAUUAGCGCAGGUGGAGGAAUGGAGGAUGGCAGAGGCACAGAAGAUUCAGAGAUCCGAAGAAGUCCGAAGGUCAAUGCCCUACUCUUCCACAGGCCAAGGUCCCCAUUCAAGGAGAACAGAUGUUUCCCUCCCUAGUGAAGGUAUCCUGGUUCGCUUUGACGGGGCAAAAAAAAUCACUCAAGGAUGUGCAACUGGCUUUGUAGGCUUUUCAGGUGAUGGAAAUAUCGCAUUUGCAGUUGGUAAAUUCUAUCAGGGCAUCUCAGAUGCCUAUAUAUCAGAAUUACUUGCUAUUCGUGAUGCUAUGAAAUGGUGUCUCACCCACAAUUUCUUAACUGUUGUUUUUGGUGGGGACUCUCAAUUGGUCAUCAAGGAUGUGACAUCAAAGAAGGCUUCACAUUCAAGAGUGGGAGCAAUUUUAGAGGGAGUUCACUCUCUCCUUACCUCCUUCCUAUCUGUCUCGUGUCUUUUUGCUCCUCGGAGCUUCAACAGAGCUGCCCACCUCGUGGCAAAACAGGCUCUUUUAUCGGGAGUCCGGUUGCAUACGGACUACCGUUCUCUUUUAGUGUCUUUCUUGUAAUUGUGUUGACUGGCCAUGCCCGGGGGCUUAUCUUGGAUAAAAAAAAAAACUAGACCAAUAUAUGUCGUAAAUUUGUAAGACAAGCAUGUAUAACCAGAAAAUACAUAUAUGUGGUGAACUAUAAUGUUGUUAAAGGUCAAAAUAACUAUUCUUGUAAAUUGGGUAAAAUUAUUACUAAUUUAUAGGAUUGGCUAUUUGGUCCGGACUUUUUGGUUUUACCCGAGAUCGGAUCGGGACCGGAUAGCAAACAAUCCAAUCCCAUAUUUGGGUUUAAAUUUGAGGUAAAAAAAUCAUUUGGGACCGGACCGAAACCGGAUAAAAGAGCCCAACACCAAAACUUAACCAACUCCUCACCCUUUCAGGCCUCAGGCCAUUAAAAUCUCCACAAGCUCAAUCUAAAAUCAAGACCGAAUUGGGACCGGACCGGGUCAAGACCAGACCGGAUCGAGACCGAACUAUAUCCAAUCCAAUCUUUGGUCCUUAUAUUCCUGAAAAGACCGGAUUGGGACAUGAUCAAUUCAGGCCAAUUUAACCGGACCGUAUAGCCACCCCUAAUAAUUUACUAUUUGUAUGAAUUGCAUAUGUGAGAUAGAGCACAAUUGAUACAACGAUAAUCCCCGUGUGAAGGGAUUGAUUGUGAUGUUUUGUUUACAUAAGCUUUAUUAUUAACACUAAUUAACGAUACCAAUCCCCAAGUUGGUCUUUGUUUAGUGUUUAUAGUGACACGGUUUUAACGAAUUAGAGGUAGAAGGGAAAGAGGACAGAGGAGAAUUUGUUAAGAGUUCAACUCCAACGACAAAAAAACUGGCCAGCUUUGAAGGGGCCAAGGAAUCUUACCAGACAUAAUAAUUUCUUAUCUUUUCCAAUAUUUUCAUGUUGUAUUUUUUGUAUUAUUUAUCCUCGAAGAACAAAGACUUUUAUGAGGUACCCCUAAUAAUUUGUCAACGAAGAUGACCCACGUCGGUUUUUCCACAAUUAAAAAAAAAAUCGUCUCUUUUCAUUCUAUGCAAUAAGUAUAAAAAUGGUGGCCAUUUCGUUUUAAAAGUAUCAAGUAGAUUACUAAAUUAAAUAAGAGUGGUUUAACUAUAUGAAUGUAAAUUAUUGUACAUGGUAGAUUAGAGAAGCUCUAUAACAACAUAAACUUAAAUAAUCUGUCAGAGUUGCAAAGAGUUCUAAACAAUCAAUUAAUCUAAAGCAUAAAAUCAAAGCUAGAUAUACAAUACAAAUAUAAGGAAAGAUUGUUCUUCACAUAUAUAUAUAUAUAUUUAGUGGUAAUCUACACUUACUGCAUUCGUUCUAAAUGUGUGAGAGUUUGAUGUACUAAUAUCUGCAAAUAAUUUAUCAAAGUUGUUGAUUAUCACUCUGAUCCAUUCUAUAUGAAAUAGCUAAACCGUGCAUUAGAAAUCUAACUACAAAUGGACUCAUCAAUAACACCUCUCAACUCAAUUAGGUCAUAACUUGAAGUUUUCUUAUGAACAAGCAUUGUAAAUUUUAACUCAAAAUUUGAACAAUCUAUGUAAAUAGAACAAUCAUCAUUCAUUCAACUCAACCAAACCAGUUGUAAUUACUAAAUGAUCAAUACAAUUUGAGUCCAAUUCUCCUUCAAUCAUGACAAACUACCUUAACCCUUUUACUUAUACCCACGAAAUAAUCAAGAUCGAGUGCUUUCAUUAAAUUAUUCCAAUAAUUAACAUCAUCUUGACAACUAAGACGAAUAGAAAAGAGGAAACACAUUGAUGAUGGUGAUGAUGAGCAAUUGAGCAUAGCUCAAUGCCUAUUGGUUAUGCACACCUUUUCCUUUCCUUCCCCCAAACCCAAUUGUUUUAAUGUAGUUCCCAAUCAUUUGUCUUCCCCUCCCAGAACAGCAAUAUCCUUCCAUUAUAUCAGUUUAUUUUGUCUUUGGGGAUAAUGAACAUGAACUGGCACC